GCCCCCCGCCCGAAAAUCUGGUGUUACAACAUUGGCAACGAUGAGCGUUGUCGGAUUCGACAUCGGCAACGACACCGCUGUGAUCGCCGCUGAAGCAGCGCGCAUCGACGUCCUCCUCAACGAGGAAUCCAAGCGCGACCCCUCCGUCGUCUCCUUCGCCGAGAAGCAGCGGCUUCUGGGCUCGCGCUCGUCGUCAAACCCUAAAUCCACCAUCCAACUCAACGCGCUCCUCGGCCGCAGUUUCCACGAUCCCGCCGCCCAAAGCGACCUCAGAUCGUUCCCAUUCGCCACCUCUGCUGCCGGAGACGGUCAGAUCUUGAUCCACAUCAACUUCUUGAACGAAUCGAGAACCUUCACCCCUGUGCAGAUCUUAGGAAUGCUGUUGUCUCAUUUAAAGCAGAUCGCCGAGAAGAAUCUCCAGACCCAGGUUUCGGAUUGCGUUAUUGGGAUCCCGGUCUACUUCACCGAUCUGCAGAGGAGAUUGUAUCUUGAUGCGGCGACGAUUGCCGGGCUAAAACCGUUGAGGCUUCUGCAUGAUACGACGGCGAUUGCUAUAGGGUAUGGGAUUUAUAAGACUGAUCUAGCGAGCCAGUGGAAUGUUGUGUUCGUGGACAUUGGUCAUUGUGACACUCAGGUCUCCGUGGUGGCGUUUGAAUCUGGGGGAAUGAGGGUGAUUUCUCAUGGGUUCGAUGCUAAUUUAGGUGGGAGGGAUUUUGAUGAGGUGUUGUUUAGAUAUUUUGCAGAGGAGUUUAAGGAGAAAUAUCAUAUUGAUGUUGAUAGCAAUGCGAGGGCGAGCAUGAGGCUGAGGGUGGCUUGUGAGAAGCUGAAGAAGGUGUUGAGUGCAAAUGCUGAAGCACCACUGAAUAUUGAGUGUUUGAUGGAUGAGAAGGAUGUGAGAGGGUUCAUCAAAAGGGAGGAUUUUGAGAGAUUGAGUGUUGAUUUGGUGGAAAGAGUUCUUGUGCCUAUUAAGAAGGCAUUGAGAGAUGCAGGGUUGAGCACAGAGAAGGUGAAUUCGGUGGAGUUGGUGGGUUCGGGGUCAAGGAUUCCGGCGAUCAUGAGGAUCUUGUCAGGGUUUUUUGGACGGGAGCCAGGAAGGACGCUUAAUGCGAGUGAGUGUGUGGCAAGAGGAUGUGCAUUGCAGUCGGCGAUGCUUAGCCCUGUUUUCAGGGUUAGAGAAUAUGAGGUUCAAGACUCGUUUCCGUUCUCCAUAGGAUUUUCAUCUGAGGAAGGUCCUAUUACCACAUUGUCUAGUAAUAUACUAUUUCGGAAAGGUCAACCAUUUCCGAGUGUUAAGAUGCUUACAUUUCACCGAGCUACUCAUAUUUUCCAUUUGGAAGCAUUUUAUGCUGAUGAAAGUGAUCUGCCACCUGGUACACCUCCAAAAAUCGGAUGUUUCACGGUUGGUCCUUUUGAAGUUUCUCAAAGUGAAAAGCAUAAGGUCAAAGUUAAAGUUCGGUUAAAUCUUCAUGGAAUUGUUGCUGUCGAAUCAGCAUCAUUGAUUGAAGAUGAAAUAAAUGAUUCAGUUCCAAGGGAUGCAAAUCAUACAUACAUGGACAUUGAUCAUGAUUCAGCUUCAAACAUCCAAUCAGAUAUUCUACAUUCUGCAUCUGAUGAUAGGGCAAGAACUAGCAGAUCCUCUAGAAGGCAUGAAAUACUUGUUAAUGAGACUAUAUAUGGUGGAAUGUCAAAAGCCGAACUAUUACAUGCCCAAGAGCAAGAACAGCAGCUAGCUGAUCAAGACAAUCUUAUGGAGCAAACGAAAGACAGAAAGAAUCAAUUGGAAGCUUAUGUAUAUGAGGUCCGCAACAAGCUUUUUGAGAAGUACCGCAGCUUUGCAUCUGAAUCUGAAAGGGAAGGCAUCUCCACUAGUUUGCAACAAACAGAAGAUUGGCUCUAUGAGGAUGGGGAUGAUGAAACUGAAAAGGUCUAUGCUAGCAAGCUUGAAGAUUUAAAAAAGAUUGUAGAUCCUAUUGAAAAUCGAUAUAGAGAUGAAGAAGCUAGAGUUCAAGCAACAAGGGAGCUUUUGAAGUGUAUAAUAGAUUACAGGAUGGCUGUAAAAUCUUUAGCCACAUAUGAACGAGAUUCUGUCAUCAACGAAUGCAACAAAGCCGAGCAGUGGCUAAGGGAAAAGUCUCAGCAACAGGAUUCACUCCCCAAGAGCACUGAUCCGGUUCUAUGGUCCCAUGAGAUAAGGAGAAAGGCAGAAGCUUUAGAUGCAACAUGUAGACACAUAAUGAAGCCCAAGGGAUCUCCAUCAAGGCCAGAGGAUACUAGAGGGUCGGACCAAAACACGCAGGAUCAUACACGUAAAGACUAACCAUGGUUCAUCUUUGGUUAUGUUUGCCAUAGGAACACUUUUUUUUUGUUUUUGUUUUACAUUCAUGUUUUAUGAUUGUAUACCAGGCCACUCUUAAUUAAGCUUUGUUCAUGUCGUAUUGUUUUGUUAGCUCUCCGGAUAGAGGCUUUAUUUUUUGCUCCUUAUACCCGAUUGAGGGAUUUCUGAAAUAACUAUAUUGGAAAGUAAAUUUUGAUAGUAUA